CUCCCCGAGUUUAGCAAUAACAGGCGGUGGCCGCAGCCCGGCACCUUCUCACCACCCCCUCCCAUCCGCGCGGAGUGGUUCGGUCCGGAGCCGGCCGGGCGAGUCCAAGUCGGAGGGAGCGACCCAACCGUCUAAGCCCGAGUGGUGCGGUCCUGAGCCGCGGGCGGCACCAAGUGAGGGGCCCCCGGGGGGAGGGAGGAGCUGCCGGCGGCCAGCGGAGCAGGGAGAAGCUCGAAGAUGGCGUCGGCCGGCCCCGAGUCUGGGGGCAGCAGCAGCAGCAGCGCCGGCGUCGCGGGAUCAGCAACCUUCAAAAAAUCAUUCACUUCAGAGAUGUCUGGUUCUUCUGGACAGCCUGGCUCACAAACAAUAAAAAAAGGUCAUAGAGGAGUAGAUUCCACUGGUGAGACUACAUAUAAAAAGACUACAUCAUCGGCCUUGAAAGGUGCCAUUCAGCUGGGCAUCACCCACACAGUUGGAAGCUUGAGCACCAAACCGGAGCGAGAUGUUCUCAUGCAAGACUUCUAUGUAGUAGAAAGUAUCUUCUUCCCAAGCGAAGGGAGUAACCUGACCCCAGCUCAUCACUACAAUGACUUCCGGUUUAAAACCUAUGCUCCUGUAGCAUUUCGCUACUUCCGUGAACUGUUUGGAAUACGGCCAGAUGACUAUCUGUACUCGCUCUGCAGUGAGCCGCUCAUUGAGCUCUCCAACUCUGGGGCUAGUGGUUCCCUCUUCUACGUAUCCAGUGAUGACGAGUUCAUCAUUAAAACAGUUCAGCACAAAGAAGCAGAGUUCUUGCAAAAGCUACUGCCGGGUUACUAUAUGAACUUGAAUCAGAAUCCUCGGACACUGCUGCCUAAGUUCUACGGGCUGUACUGCGUGCAGGCUGGAGGGAAGAACAUCCGCAUCGUAGUGAUGAACAACCUGCUUCCCCGCUCUGUGAAAAUGCACCUCAAGUAUGACUUGAAAGGCUCCACCUAUAAACGUCGAGCAUCCCAGAAGGAGCGGGAGAAGGUCUUCCCGACAUACAAAGACCUGGAUUUUAUGCAGGACAUCCCUGAUGGCCUGUUCCUAGACUCUGAUAUGUACAAUGCCUUAUGCAAAACACUACAGAGAGAUUGUUUGGUUCUGCAGAGUUUUAAAAUCAUGGAUUAUAGUUUGCUUGUGGCUGUCCAUAACAUUGAUCAGGCACUGAGAGAGCGUGCGAUAAUGGAUGGGACGUCCCAGUCGGACACGCGAAGGCCAGCUACCCAGAAAGCUCUCUACUCCACUGCUAUGGAGUCUAUCCGAGGAGAGGCCCGGCGAGGCGGCACCAUAGAGACUGACGACCAAAUGGGAGGCAUUCCAGCCCGGAAUUCAAAGGGAGAAAGGCUGCUUUUAUAUAUUGGUAUCAUCGAUGUGCUACAGUCGUACAGAUUCGUUAAGAAGUUGGAGCACUCAUGGAAAGCAUUGGUACAUGACGGGGACACUGUGUCUGUGCAUAGGCCCAGCUUCUAUGCAGAAAGGUUUCAACGAUUCAUGUGCAACACAGCAUUCAAGAAAAUACCAUUAAAACUUUCUCCUUCUAAAAAGAGCCGGUCUGGCACAACUGUUCCUCGGAGGCCGGGUCAGGGUGGAGCCCCUUACCAGUCGCAUUCAUCGUGUGAAACUAAAGCGCAAGUAACAGCAGAAGCAGAUGUGGAGCAAGGUUCCCAUCUUGGUCGCCCCGAUCUCCUUCCCAGAACUCCUCCAGUAGAUGAAGCUAACAGUGAUUCCAUGGCAACAACCUUGUCCACUUCUUCGAUGGGCAGUGGAGGCCUUAACUCUCCAGCCAACAGGUCAGUGGGAGUUCAAGUUCACAAGUCUGAAAAUGCUACAAUUAGAACAAUUCUCAGCUUCCGCUCCAAUAGUGGCUCUGCAGGGCCUUCCAUAACAGAACGCUCCUCAGAACUGACAGAACGUUUUGAAGACGUGCAAGAGACAGAGAUAAGCUUUUGAAAUAACAGAGGGACAGUUUUGAUGUGAGCAGAAGAUUUCUCUAUACUCUGCGUGGGCCAUAGAGUCUGACAAACAUUCAGCCCCUGCCGCUGAUCUUAGAAAUCUUAUCCGGACAGAAUCCAUAGAAGCUGGAAGGCUUGGGACAUACUUAGUGUCAUAGUAUUAACAGUGGCUGAGCCCAGAGCAACCUCCUCUUCUGAAAAACAGCCCUCAAGCUGUGGCUGGUUGCAUCUGGUUUGUUUUCUGCUGCUGUCCUCUCUUUGAAGACUGGCAGGAGCAAGGCUGCUCAUCUCCAGGGAGGAGCAGGAGCUGCUCCAUGCAGGCCAGAGUCCUCUGGAGAAAAGGAGCUGGCUUUGGAGGAGUCGGUUACCUAGGAUUGAGGACCUCACAAACCUUGCAAGAACAAUGGUCAAUUCUGAAGAGCACCGGGGGAAAUGGACAUUGGAGCCUUGUUGGAACAGUUUUUGCAACAGCUCAACAUGGUGUUUGGUUUUUAUAUUAAUUUAAGUUUCUUGAAUUCAGUCAUAUUGUUUCUUUUAGGCUGCGACAAUUAUCUGUUAUUUUUAAAAAUAGUUUUAUCAGUGUUUCACCAAAAAUGUCCCGUAGAAGGGGGAGCAACUGUUUUUUGGUCACACAUGAAAUGUAUUGAUCAUGGAUGUCUUUUCUAUAAACUAAUUUUGAGUGCAGCAGGCCAAUGCCUUUAUGACAUUGCAUCAUCAUCAUCCUGAGAAGGUGACCUGGAACAGACUCUCUCACAAGACUUGGUGCUUUAUCAUGGCUUGGUGCUUGAAGGAUUUGGAAUGGGCCACACUUUUAAGAUGUCAGAGAGGUUUUUGCAUUGCUUUGUCCUGUUUUAAACUACUCCUUUAUUCUCUCAUCCUCACACAGAAUGAGAAGCAACAGAGAUUUCAGGAGAUCUCAGUGCCUGGCACAUUUUUAUGCCUUCAGUGUUUCUUAAGCAAAUGGACCAAACCGAUCCUGCUUGGUUUUUUUCCCGGUAUUGUUUGUCCUCCUUGGGACACAACUUGUAAAAUCUGCAUUUUUUUUAAUAGCUAAAUUCCCUUUUGAUAGCUAUGCUUCUGUCUUACACUUUGGCAUCAGGUUACCUUCUGCACACGGUGCUCUGACCGCAUCCAAAUAGAUUCCCAUAAUGCCAUCUAUAUAAACGGCUGCCGGGUCUCUGUGCAGAGCAACAGAUUUUUGGGUUUUUUGCCUCAGCAAAAGUGUGUGUUGCACUCUAAUUCCAAGCUGCAGCUUAUUAGAAUCAGCUGAAAAGAUGCAUUGCUGUAUUAUCUUUGCCAUUUGCUGUACAUAAGACUGUGGCAGUCCUUACCAAGUUACCAGCUGCAGACACAUGGCUAGAAACCUGAGCAUAUGUUGUACUGAUUUUUAUUUUCACUAAAGUUUGUUUUUUUUU